AUGACUAUACCAUCCUCCUAUUUCAAUUGCACUCAAUUUCGAAAAAUUAGGGUUCUGAACAUAGAUGAAGAUGACCUCAGGGAAGACGAAGAUGAAGACGAAGAUGAAGAUGACCGCAGUGAAGACGAAUAUGAAGAUGAAGACGACCGCAGUGAAGACGAAGAUGAAGACAACCUCAGCGAAUACGAAGAAGCGAUCCAGCUCAGUGAAGACGAGCUCAGUGAAGUGUCCAAAGAUUCACAACACUUUAGUGUUACACUCCACCAUGGGGGUGAAUUUUACAGGGUUUCUGAAGAAGAAAUUAUAUACAGAGGGGGUAUGGAUACGACAGUUAAUGGGAUACAUGUUUCAAAUUGGAACAUGGAUAACAUUGAGAAGUUGUUGAGUAGGUUAGGGUAUAAGGCUGAUUGUGUUAGGGUAUGGACAAAAGUUUUAGAAAUUCAAGAUGGUUUUUUUCUGAUUAGGAAAGAUGAUGAUGCUGUUGAUGAUGUUGCUCUAUACUUAAGUGUUAUGAAUGUGAAAGGAGAUUUGUAUGUUGAACAUAGUACUGGGAACAUGGACCCUGCUGAUAGGGAACCUAAAUGUGUGAAUGAUGAUGACCACCCCCCUGAUAAUGGAAUUGUUCGUUUAGAUGAGGAGAAGGUAGAGGGGUUAGAUGACAGUGAAGAUGAAAGAGCUACUGCUUACUUUGAUGGUUUUGAAGGAAUAGACGUUACUAAGCCUAUUAGGGAGGAGUUUGAUGGUUUUGAAGGAAUAGAUGUUACUAAGCCUAUUAGGGAGGAGUUUGAUGGUUUUGAAGGAAUAGAUGUUACUAAGCCUAUUAGGGAGGAGCCCAAUAACAGUAAGGAGGAGCCCAAUAACAGUAAGGAGGAGCCCAAUAACAGUAUGGAUUCAGAUGAUAAAGGCCCAAGUAUGCUAGGUUUAGGAAAGAGCAUCUAA